AUGACAGGGGUCGACCUGGAGAAAUGCAAGCGUAUCGUACAAUACUUCUGGGACCCCGAACCCAAGAAUGACACUGCACCAGAAACCCCAAUAUGGUGUCUUGGCCAACAAUACACACCCACACAGCCAACGAACUCUCAUGAUACAGAUCAGCCGGAUCGCGUCGAACGUACAGCAGACGGUGUGAACGACGCAGGCAGUGCCUGGCCCGAGGCCUUCCUGGCUGACUUCGAAUCACGGACAUGGAUGACCUACCGCUCACACUUUGCUCCCAUUCCGCGCAGCAAUAACCCCGAAGCCGCAUCCUCGAUGACGUUCGGAGUCCGCCUGCGUAGCCAGCUCAUGGACUCACAGGGCUUCACAUCCGACACUGGGUGGGGUUGUAUGAUUCGCUCAGGACAGAGCCUACUGGCGAAUGCCCUGUGCAUCCUCCAGUUUGGACGAGAAUGGCGGAGAGGGCAACGGCCCGAAGAAGAGUCGAAGCUGUUGGCCAUGUUUGCGGAUCAUCCCGAAGCCCCAUUCUCUAUACAUCGCUUUGUUCAGUGCGGAGCCGAGUCGUGUGGCAAAUACCCCGGGGAAUGGUUUGGACCAUCAGCGACUGCCCGAUGCAUCCAGUUAGUAUUCCUGCCACAAGCCAGCAUCGCGAAUCGCGUCCCCCAUACAUCGAAGAAAGCUGACCAGACAUGUACCAGGUUACUAUCAAAUACACAAGAACCACCCAUGCUCCGCGUCUACGUGACCAAGGAUACGUCCGACGUCUACGAAGAUCAAUUCAUUCGACUUGCCAGCGACCAAAGCGGACAAAUCCAACCAACGCUGAUCCUCAUGGGUGUCCGUCUGGGGAUUGACCAUGUCACCUCGGUCUAUUGGGAUGGACUACAGGCUGCGUUGCAGUAUCCACAAUCCGUGGGCAUCGCUGGAGGUCGCCCAUCCGCAUCACAUUACUUUGUGGGGUCGCAGAACUCCCACCUGUUCUUCCUCGACCCACACACCACACGCCCAGCCGUACCUUAUCGCCCGAAUGAACCAUAUAGCACGGAAGAAUUGGAUUCUUACCACACCCGUCGACUACGACGACUUCACAUCAAGGACAUGGAUCCCAGCAUGCUCAUUGGAUUUUUGAUCAAAAAUGAUGCUGAUUGGGCUGAUUGGAAAGCCCGAAUCCAGUCCACAACAGUGAAGCCGGUCGUCCACCUCAUCACGGGGGAGCCGCCCAUCGACGCAGGACAGGGCCGGAAAGAAGCGCUGGAUGAAGUGGAAGUUCUAGAUAGUUCUGAUUCCGAUGCAGAGGUACUGGUGUAG